AUGACUGACGUGGCGAAGAAGUUUUCCAAUUUCCAGGUUCAGGAUUACAAAGAUUCUCUCAAACAAAAGGCUGAGCAUCUUAUCAUAAAAGGAUUUCCAGAGAAGAUUGUUAAACUAAAUGAGCUUUUAGAGACUCCAAACUUUGAAAAUAGAGAAUUAGUAGAUGUUCACCAGGACCUAAACAUUCCAGUACCGCCUCCUAUUCAAGCAGUCAAUGAGCCUAAUGCUAAAAGACCAAGAGUUGAUUCAUCUGAAAUUUCCAGCAAUACAACAUUAGAGGGCACAAGGGUUUACGCUCUGCCAAAUGGAAGCGUCCCUUGUAAUAAACCUCUUAGUGACCUUAUUCACCUUGUUAAACCUCACAUUAGAGAAUUAAUUGAGGAUUCUAAUCUACUCAAAAUGUGGAUUUCAUUCAUGAUUCCAAAAAUUGAGGAUGGCAACAACUUUGGAGUAUCAAUACAAGAAGAUACAUUAGCAGAAGUCCAAUCAGUUGAGUCCGAGGCUGCAGCGUUCUUUGAUCAAAUUUCCAGAUAUUUUAUAUCAAGAGCUAAAAUAGUUUCAAAGGUUGCUAAAUAUCCACAUAUCGAGGAUUACAGAAGAGCAGUCAAAGAACUAGAUGAAAAGGAGUACAUCUCCUUAUGGCUGGUGAUGUGUGAAAUCCGCAACCGCUACUGUUCACUGCACGAUAUUGUCAUCAAGAACUUGGAGAAAAUCAAAAAGCCUCGUUCGUCAAAUGCAGAGACAUUAUAUUAG